AUGGCCAUGAAUAUAGAGCGUGAUCUCCACAUGGCCACAGGGGACGGACAAACUAGCUACACUAGGAAUUCCAGGAUUCAAGAAAAAGCUUUCUUUCAGAUUAAACCAAUCCUUGAGAAGGCCACGAGAGAUGUAUACACAGCUCUCCUUCCUCGAACCAUGAUCGUGGCCGACUUAGGCUGCUCUUCGGGGCCUAACACACUGUGCUUCAUCUCAGAGGUGAUUGGUACCAUAGCUCGUUAUUGCAAGGAAGUUGGCCUACCGCAUGACCACCCGCAGCUUCAGUUCUUCCUGAAUGACCUGCCGAGUAAUGACUUCAACAACCUCUUCAAGUUGGUCGAGCGGUUCAACAAGUUGACGGCAAGAAAUCACCAGGGAGAAGCACCACCUCCGUGCUAUAUCUCUGGGUUACCAGGCUCUUACUACACCAGGCUUUUCCCUCGUCAAAGCGUUCACCUCUUCCACUCUUUGUUCUGUCUUCAAUGGCGCUCUCAUGCACCAGAGGGAGUGAAAGGCACGAGAAAAACGCACCAAGAUAAGGGAGAUAUUUACAUCACAAAGACUACAUCACCUACAUUAGUAAAACUGUUUCAACAGCAGUUCCAAAGGGACAUCGCCCUCUUCCUCAAGCUGCGCUAUGAAGAACUUGUGUUUGGUGGCCACAUUAUUCUAACAUGUAUUGGGAGGAAGCAUGAGGAUGUGUUGCGUGGAGAGUCCAAUCACCAUCUUUACGGAUUGCUUGCACAAUCGCUGCAAUCCCUUGUUGAUGAGGGCCUUUUGAAAAAGGAAAAACUUGAUUCGUUCUAUCUACCAGUAUAUUCACCAUCGAUCGGUGAAGUAGUGGCAAUCGUGGAGAAAAGUGGGAUGUUCAACAUGAAUCACAUCAAACUGUUCGAGACAGACUGGGAUCCAGAAAGUCAUGCUGUGCACGACAGUGUUAGUAGCGGUGUGAAUGUUGCUAGGUGCAUAAGAGCAGUAAUGGAGCCGCUCAUUGCAAGCUAUUUCGGAGAAACCAUACUCGACAGGUUGUUCAAAGAGUAUGCGCACCGUGUUGCCAAACAUCUCGAGAAGGAGAAAACCAAGCAUGCGGUUAUCGUCCUGUCCAUGAAGAAGAGAUGCUACAUGAAAACUGGUACAUAUAGUUCAAAUUCUUUUACUGAAAGUCUACAAAGAGCUAUGAUAUAUGGUAUAAGAAAAAGGAAACUACCGCUCUAG